AUGUUUGUUAUACAGAGGAAAAUAAUUCAAAUACCUAUUAUUGAACAAUUCAUUUCCGUAACAAAUUUGGUUGAAAAUGGUUUUGUUAUGUAUGGCGAUGAAGAAAAUGAUGCUGCCGAAGUUCAAGACCAAGACCAAAAUACAGAAACAGAACAGUUGACAAGUACAGUCAAUAAGGCUACUGAAAUCCAAGUUCAAGAAAAAAAUACCGAAAUAGUGCAGUCGACGAGCACAAUAAACAAGGCUACUGAAAUUCAAGUUCUCGGCCAAAAUACUGAUGGACUAAAAGAUGUAUGGAUACAACUUGACCAAGGCCAAUAG